AUUAACCGACGCGCGAAAUAUUAAUCGACAAGAGACGGUGUCAGCAAGUUUCGUGUUCAAAUUUGGGGCGGAUUUGUCACCUUUCGUGGCCAUCUGCUCGUAACUUCGCGAUCCUGAGGUUGCAACCUACCUUGGGAGCAUUUCCUCAACCAACUGACGGCGAUCUAAGAGGAGAUCUGAGAGAAUUUCGUCUUGAUCUUCGGAUUUUGUCGCCAUCGCCCCCCUCCCCACGUUGGGCGUGUUUUUUUCACCAUCACAUCGACGUCUGUGGCCGUCUGCGAAAAAUUUGUAACAACCCUUGAACAUACUUCGGAUAUUUUUGCUUAAGUUGAGCUUGUCGUGAGACGUUUUUGGACCUGGUUGGAACCUUACUGCACCUUAUGCCGUUGAAGCUGAGCUCGUGUGCGGGCGCGAUGGAUACAGACCCCGUGGCGCAAACGUUGGAUUUCGGAGACGGCAUGGGAAGUGACGGCGAACCGACCGAAGACUCCUUCGGCUCAUCCGGACUUUCCAGCCCGAGUUUCACAGGAUUCAGGAGUAAGGCUGAUCUUGACACCUCAGACAAGGAUGCUUCGCUGGACUUCUGGGACCCAGACCUCGCCAGUCCGACCCCUAACCCCAGCCCCGUCAAGCGUAGCGUACGGUUUGCGGCUUCGCCCGAGGCGAGUCCCAACACCAGCAGCAGUAGCGGUGACUGUUCACCUCCACACAAGUCUAUGCAGGAGCUGAGGUUAUUGGACACUCCCCGUACCCCUAAGACCCUCCUGCGCUCCCUGAGCAGCAGCGCGAGGAGGGCUCGGCGGAUCACCCCCACGGGACCCAGUAAACUGUUCGGCCUGAGCACCAGCGAACCGCGGCACAGGGUGAUGGAACGUCCCGCCGCCAACGUUAACCCUUUCACACCCGACAACAACAUGGUGACAAGGGCAACAGCUAAACGGAGACGACAAGACAGUGGGAUGUUAUCCGACGUUGAUGAGGAGUCUGAUGAAGAAAACCCAACCAAAAAAAUUGCUCUCCAUGACGCAAACGUGUCGCGGUACAACAUCGAGUUUCACGAGGUAGAGCGCAUCGGCUCCGGAGAGUUCGGCUCCGUGUACAAGUGCAUCAACCGCCUUGACGGCUGUCUGUACGCCAUCAAAAAGUCUAAAAAGCCAGUGGCUGGAUCAACAGAUGAACAAAAUGCAAUAAAGGAAGUUUACGCCCACGCAGUGCUCGGGAAACAUCCCCACGUGGUGAGAUACUACUCCGCAUGGGCAGAGGACGACCACAUGAUCAUACAGAACGAAUACUGCAAUGGCGGGAGUUUAGCAGACGACCUGACGGCCAAUCAGAAACACGGGAGACCGUUUAGCGAGUGCGAGCUGAAGGAAAUACUGGUACAGGUGGCGCAGGGGCUGAAGUACAUUCACAGUCAGAACCUGGUGCACAUGGACAUCAAACCUAGUAACAUUUUUGUGUGUAGAACAACGUCCAUUGUCGACACCUGUCAGGACGAGACCUGUCACAUCAACCAGAAGUUAGACAGGGGCAUGCACACAACCUUCAAAAUUGGUGAUCUCGGACAUGUGACCUCUACGUCACACCCCAAGGUCGAGGAGGGAGACUGUAGAUUCCUGGCCAAUGAGAUUCUUCAAGAGGACUAUACCAACCUCACCAAGGCAGAUGUGUUUUCGCUGGCCCUGACCAUUCACAGAAUAGGGAGCGGGGGUCCGCUGCCCAAAAACGGGGACGACUGGCACAGAAUACGGCAGGGGUACCUGCCACCCCUCCCACAGUGCUCAGAUGAGUUCAACCAGUUGCUCAGGUCCAUGGUGCACCCUGACCCCAAUUCCAGACCGUCAGCAGUAUCUAUUACCCAGCAUGCCCUGCUGUGUCCGACGGCUGGCAAGACGAAGGCACAGUUACACCGCGAGCUGAACGAAGAAAAGUUGAAGAAUGAACAGCUAGCCAGGCAACUAGAAGAGGUGAAGCACGAACACGAGGACGCACACACGCUCGGCAACACCAGGUUCAGACCAAUCAGGAAGAAGACGCUUGUCGGGAAGAAGUUCUCGCGUAGUCUUAGCGUAACCAUAUACUAGCCUCCCGUUAAGGAGAUUUAGAAACCUUAGAACAGUAGUUUUUAUAUUGAACUUUUGAACUGCCACAUUUAAGUAUUAUAUAGAAGGGAAAUAUGCACUAGUUGCAAAAACACGAGCCAGUAUUCUUCGGCAACUCAAAGAAACCUAGAAUCUCUCUACAAAAUUGUAGGAAUUUUGCAAGUUUUGAUUGUAGGAAUUCUGCAUUUUCAACUGUCUCUUUUGUUAACUGCCAUUACUGCCUUAAACUUAUAUUUCUAAUACUGACACUGUCUUUUAGGAUUAUUCUCUAUCGUUCGAAUCUAUAGGUUGUUCGAUAGUGCUGUACAUAGUAGCAUCUGAUAGUUUUACGUGCUAUAGCAACAGUGGACAUUCUUUGAAAAGAAGACAUCAUUUUUUACCAAGAAUAUCCACGACCAGAGAUUAUGACUAAGACUUCGCUAUAUAUUUUCAUACCACUGUUAAAAAGGCCUGGUAAAGGCAUUAUGUACUUAGUUUUUUAGGCAUAUGUUAUGUCCAUUUUUCUGUUGUUUGUAUAGUUCUGGUUUAUUUCUCUUAGCUAAUCUUAGUUUUAUUUGGAACAACUUGUUUUGAUAGAUACCCAUUUUAACCCAUGUAACAUCAUACAGACAUUAGAAUUGUUUAAAACUUCAUACUGUUGAAAAAAUACCUGUAACCAUGUUGUAUUGCCUGCAUUUUUAAUGUCUGUGUUGGGGUUAAGAUACUUUUUAGAUUGAAAACAGUGUUUUAGAUUUUGUGUAUCUGAUGAUCUACCGGUAGGAAAGAUUGCCUCACAAUAUAACAUCUGUACAAGUAUUUGCAAACAUGGUUUGCUUUCAAGAUCAUUUAGGGACACUCAAUUGUGGAAAAAGGAAAAAGAAUUGGGUAGUUUCAUUUAUCUUUUUUCUAAUCUAACUGACUUUUUAAGAAAUUUUUUUCGACCAUUAAAUUUUAAGCAAUA